AUGGCAGAGGAGAAUCAAGGAGUUAAGCCUCCUCCAGAGCUGCCUGAUCAGCCCUUGCCAAGGAAUUACAAUAAAGUAUUGGGGGAAAAUAGGGCAACCAAAACAAGUUGGCCAGAGCUGGUGGGAGUAACAGCAGAAGAAGCAGAGAAGAAGAUAAAGGAAGAGAUGGAAAGAGCAGUGAUCCAAGUGGUGCCACCUGAUUCUUUUGUGACUAUGGAUUUCAACGCCCAACGUGUUCGUCUCUACGUUGAUGAAUCCCUCAAUGUUGCCAAGCCACCCACCAUCGGCUAAU